GAUUUAUAUUCAAAAGAGACGGUCGCAAAUAGGCCAACUGGGUAAACUUGGAUUUGAUAUAAAUGUGAACGCCAGCGAUCGAUUCUUAAAAGUUGCCAGUCAGGCUGAUGUGGACGCCUUUUGGAACAAGGACAAGCAGCUGUCCCAGAUGUUCGGCACGGGGCCCUUCGAUUACGCCAGUUUGGUCCAGGACGAUGCACUAGGUGCCCAUGUGGCCGGCUACGAGGUCAUGAUGAGCAUCGUCUGGCUGCACAGCCUGCGCACCGGCAACUGGAGGCACUGGCUCGCGGCACUGCGAUCGGCCAGUGAGUCCGGCGACCAGUUCGACAUCCGCCUCGGAGUCUCCGGGAUGGUCGAGAUGCCGGAAUCCGGGGAUCGCUGCGAUCUGGCCAUCGACCUGGCGGACGGCAGCACCCUCCCGCUGCCCGCCCACAUUUGGGCCCAUGUGCGGGCUCUCCACCCAACCGGAUCGCCGGAGGACGAGUUCGUCCUUGUCGGACACAACUCGCCCUUUUUCCGAGACGACCCCUCUGCGGAACAACUUUGCCCAUCAAUGUGCGACCAGGUGUCCUGGCUGAGGAACACCCUCUUCGCCAGGCUGCAUCGGUAUCCAAUCAACGGCUUGAUGCUGUGCUGCCGAGUGGAGGAUGUGGCCCAAAAGUUGGAUUCCUUUUACGGGUCAAGAGUGCGUGCCACAGCCACCACCGAAAAAAUUAAGGAGCUCGAGGAGUAGACAGGAUCGAGCACCACAAAUGAUUUUGUAAACAAAUAACAUCGGAUAAUUAAUAUCUGCAUUAUAGCUAACUAAUAGUUAUGUUAGCAAUCAAUUUUAUUAACUAACAAAGAACAAAAAAUAUG